UGAUCUGUCUGUCCUGUCCCAUCUCCGUCUUGUGCAAGACCUGCUCAUGGAGGGUGUCCUCCAACCAGGACUCAUUUACUCCCCAUUCACACACUCCAGCCUGGUGAUCUCGUUAAUGUUUGGCGUGAGGUUCAACCUGCCACAGUGAUCACGGCGCUCUUUCUUUCUUCUGCUGGUCUCUUUCGGACAUCCUUUUUCUCUGGUCUCUCCUGGACAUCUAUCCUUCCGAGUUUCACGUGCACCCGAACUGGAUCACCCUUGCUGAGUUGCGCAAAGCCUGGAAGCACCAUGACGAGGAAAGGUGAAGCUCAGCUGAAUGGACUUGCAGCUUGUGCAUCUUCUGAUGCUCCUCCAGCAGACUCCAGCAGCUCUAGGUGUGGAGGAUGUGUGAGGAAACUGAGAAGCUGCAUCCCAGUCAAUUACAAAGAAGAAAUCAUGGAGUUGCUGAAACUAGCCGGACCUGUGUUUAUUUCACAGUUGAUGAUCUUCCUGAUCAGCUUUGUCAGCACUGUGUUUUGUGGACACUUGGGGAAAACAGAGUUAGCUGGUGUUGCUCUGGCCAUCGCUGUCAUUAACGUCACAGGCGUGUCUGUCGGGGCGGGUCUGGCAUCAGCGUGUGAUACACUCAUCUCUCAGACAUUUGGGAGUAAUAACCUAAAACGUGUCGGGGUGAUCCUGCAGAGAGGGAUCCUCAUCCUUCUGCUGGCCUGUUUCCCCUGUUGGGCUGUACUGAUCAACACUGAGUCCAUCCUGCUGGCUGUUAGACAGAGCUCCAGCGUGGCAAGUAUCUCCCAGCUGUAUGUAAAGAUAUACAUGCCUGCUCUGCCUGCUGCUUUUAUGUACCAGCUACAAGCCAGAUAUUUGCAGAAUCAGGGUAUAAUAUGGCCUCAGGUGAUCGUAGGAUUUGCGGGAAACAUCCUGAAUGCUGUGAUAAACUAUAUAUUUCUUCAAGUGCUUGACCUGGGUGUAGCUGGUUCUGCGACAGCAAACACCAUUUCUCAGUGCUCCUUGGCCAUAUUUCUUUAUGUCUACAUUCGUUGUAGAGGGCUGCACAAGGCCACAUGGGAUGGCUGGUCUUGUGACUGCCUGCAGGAGUGGGGUGCUUUCUUUCGCUUGGCCUUUCCUAGCAUGCUAAUGCUGUGUGUGGAGUGGUGGACUUAUGAGAUUGGAGGAUUCCUGGCAGGUCUGAUCAGCGAGACAGAGUUAGGGGCCCAGUCUAUUGUGUACGAGCUGGCCACUAUUGCAUACAUGUUUCCUCUCGGUUUUGGGGUGGCAGCAAGUGUGCGAGUCGGAAAUGCUCUCGGAGCCGGAAACACCCAGCAAGCAAAACUCUCCAGCAAAGUCUCUCUGCUCUGUGGAUUCAUAGUCUCGUGCGUGGUUGGUGCUUCAUUAACUGGAUUAAAGGAUAUUAUUGCAUACAUCUUUACCACUGAAAUGGACAUUGUGCACAGAGUUUCACAAAUCAUGUAUAUGUACGGAAUCUUCCAUCUGUUUGAUGCGAUUGCAGGUAUUACAGGUGGGAUUGUCAGAGGGGCAGGAAAGCAGCUACUUGGUGCUAUGUGUAUAAUAGUGGGCUACUACUGUGUGGGUUUCCCGAUCGGUGUGUCGCUCAUGUUCGCACUUAACAUGGGAAUAGUUGGUCUGUGGACCGGGUUUUUUGUGUGUGUUUUCCUGCAGUCCAUUUUCUUCCUUAUUCUAAUCUACAAACUUGACUGGAAACAUGCAACCGAGCAGGUACUCUAUAAAGCUGUGUCUGUGUGUUUUCUUUAUUCUUUGUCAUUCCAUGUCUUUGGAUGGUGGUUUGUUUUUCAGGCCCUAAAAAGAGCAGGUGUACAGACAACGACCAAAGAUGAAUCCUACGCCCUAGAAAAUAAGUGUGCUGACGAAGAUGUAAUACAGAAUACCCAAGCCAGGGAAGGAUCCCAGACCGAUGUGGAGUCUAAGGGGGAAAAUGAUGACGAAAAAGCACCAGAGGUCACAGUGGGUGACGUCUUGACCGUCAAGCAGCUGGUGGUUCGUCGAGGGCUCGUUGUUAUCUUGAUGAUACUCAUACUUGCCGGUGGGAUCACGCUGAACGAGUUUCUCACAGGGCUUCUCAAAUGAAAAGUAAUAAAAAACGCUACCUUUCUCAGCAAAUAUUUUGAGAUCCAGGGUGGGCAGAAAUCCUACCUUGUUUUAUGGGCCAUGGGUCAGACUCUCUGUAGGAAAAUGAAAAUACGGAACAAUGCAAUAAUGUUAACUGAAGGCGAAUGGCAAAAGGGUAUCUUAGCCAGAUUAUUAACUAUUUAAUUUAUUGUUUUUUCUGUAAACAGUAUAUAUAGGUUCAACCAAACAAUGACGUACUGUAACUAAAAUGCUUGAGACUGUGGAAAAAUAAGCUAAAGAUAUGUUAAAACCUGAAUUUUGCUCCCAACCAUUGCCAAGUCUAUAAAUAUUCCAUGCUCAUUUUAUUUUCAUCA